AAUCCGUCAUCUUCAGGAGGCCUAUGAGUUUGUCAAUACCAGGUUGUACCGUGCAUUCGAGCAGCAAGCUCACCAUUACAACCUCCGUCGAAGAGAAGUUCGUUUUAAUGUCGGUGAUAGAGUUCUGCACCGUGCUAAUCCGCUGUCGUCCGCCGUGGAUAGCUUUGCAGCCAAGUUGGCUCCGAAGUUCUCUGGUCCGUAUACCGUUGUGAAAGUGAUGUCACCCGUUGUUUAUGACCUGAAAGAUGACAGUGAAAGAACCGACCGUUGAAACCCCGAACUGUGCUCCAUCCGACACCACCAUGGCUGACGACCACAUGGAGGUGGAGAUCCUGGAACGCCUCGAUAAAGAGCUGGGAUUUGUGGACCCCGAGGAGGUGGACACACCCGAAGAUCCACCCAGACCGGUCCCCUUACCGUUGGGAGCAGCGAAGGCAUUCCUCCGCCCGACGCCGAAUAUCGCCGCCGGUUGCUCCACAACACCGUCCCCAGCGCUCGGACCGGCGAGACUACCAGGGACAACACCGCCCAGGGAGAAGGUCCCAUCCAGCACCAUUGAGUCCUGGGGAAAAACCGGUAUCAGUAAAAGGUACCUGGAGACGAAAGCAAGGAUGCGGAAGGGAACACAAACACAAGAGCAACAAACCGACAAAGACGAGUACCUACCCCCAAACACCAGAACCGUUGGGACUAUGGGCCCCCAGGUGUAUGUAGAGCUCCGCCCGGGUUUGUGUUGGAGGUGCGGCCAGGGGGAACACACCAGAGCCACCUGUAGCAGAACCCCCACCCUGUUCUGCAGCCGCUGUGGUCUGUUGGACACCCUCUCCCGGGACUGCCCAUGUGGAGGUGCAAAGAAGAAAGAUCCAACACCGUCUCCUACCGGUCCAGGAAACAAGAAGCUCCGUACAGCUCCAGUCCCAAAGAAGGAACCGCUUCCCCGGAAGACCACUCCAGUUCAGAAGAAGGAACCGCUCCCCCGGAAGACGUCCAAGAAGACGACCCAGGCCUGUCCGAGGUGCCACUAUGUGGCCAAAACCUACGACAAGAAGUCCCGUUAA